CACGUGCUGACUGCCAUAUUGGCAAGAAGAAGCACAAAUUUUGCAUUAAACAACAAAACGAAAUGAAAUUGCGCUAAAAGUUUAAAAAUGUCGGAGGAAACGAAAAGUACAACAAUUGCAGCUGCCAGUUCGAAAUUAACGAAUGCACAAAGAGCGCGCAUUGAGCGAAAUCAAGCAAAGGCGCAGAAAUUGCGGGAGGCAAAACUUGUUGUGCAUCCCUACAAAAACAUAAGCAAUGUUAAUGCGAGCGAGGAGCCUGCAAGUGACAAAGGUAAAGCUGUAAUUAAAGUGCAGGGCACUAAAUACAUAGACAGCGGCGGCGGUUUCCUAUUGGAGCAGCCAGUGCUGCCCAGCCCUGGCGAGAAGUCGACAGCGGAGGCGGCAGCGGCAGAGGCGGCAAUCAUUGAAGAUGCCAUUGCCAUUCCAGUGGUUUAUGAGGAAUGUUUGGAUUGUGGCGAUCAGUAUGCCGAUUCGUAUCUCUUUAAUAAUUUCGGUCACUCGGUGUGCGAUAAAUGCCGUGACACCGAGGAGCGUCAUUCCUUAAUCACCCGCACCGAGGCGAAGGCGGAAUAUUUGCUCAAGGAUUGCGAUUUCGAUAAACGGGAGCCGAUUUUACGUUAUAUCAGUCGCAAGAAUCCCCAUAAUGUGCGCUGGGGUGAAAUGAAGUUGUAUCUGCAUCUGCAGGUGCUCAAACGGGCCAUGGAAGUGUGGGGCAGUGAGGAGGAACUGACCCGACAGCACGAAUUGCGAGAGGAUAAACGGGAGGUGGGAAAGGCGCGCAAAUACAACAAGCAGAUGAAGCAACUCCGCAUGGAAGUGAGAAGCAGUCUCUUUACGAAGAAGACUCACGCCGUGCACGAGCACGAGUUCGGACCGGACACCUACAACGAGGAGGAGGACAACUACACUCAUACCUGCCUCACAUGUCCUUACGCCGAAACCUAUGAAAAGAUGUGAAUUAACGGCAGCUUAAUUGAGUUAAGCUAUUAAGUUUGUAAGGCAGCUAAUUUUGAUGUGAACGAAAUUUGUUUGAGUCGGAUAUUCCUACACAGAAACAUAUGAGAAAAUUUCACUUAUCUAGUUUAUACGAAGCCUUAAUUAAGUAAAUCCAUUAUGUUUAUAAGGCAGCUUAUCAUGAUUUAAGUCCCUAUACCGAAACAUAUGAGAAAAUGUGAACUGCCAAGUUUAUACAACAGCUGGAGACAGUUUUAAUUAUCAAAUUUAUGAGGCAGCUAAUCAGGAUUUAAACAAUUUUGUAUUCCUAACAUAUCUCUACACCGAAACUUAUGAAAAGCUUUCAAUUGCCAAGUUUAUACGACAGCAUAAUCGAGUUAAGUUGCAUGCUGAUGUAUCCUAAAUUAGUUUGAUUGACAUUCCCUGUACCAAAUUAUAUGAAAUUAUGUGAAAUAUCAAGCAAAACAAAAAAACAGUUUUAAUUAAAUCGAUAUAAGUUGCAGCGCAUGCUGUUUAUUAGCUGUUUAUUCGCCAAAGUCCUUGCUUCCAGCUGCCACUUAAUUAUGUUCUAUUUAUAAAAGAACUUCGCAUUUUGCAGAGUUCAACAACUUAUUAAUAAAUUAUUGAAGGCUUGAUUUUGUUUAAUUACGCUUUAAAUUGCAGCAUUAUCACUAUUAUUAAAUACAAAUACCACAUGUAAUUCAAAUAUAUUUUUUUGUUUAUAUAAAAUCGGUAUUUUUUGUUAAAAUUGAGUUUAGAAUUUAAGAAAUUUGCUUAACAUGUCAAACUGCCGAAGUAAGUUCAAAAUAUCAAACACAUGUCAACUAGUAUAACAACUACUGCCGUUUAGUGUGUGUAUUAAAUAAAAUAUAAAUUAAAAUAAUUUGUG